AUGUGUUUCGGGGGCCGUGACAAGCAGAGCGAUGAGGGCGCUGCCCGCUCGCGCGAGCUAGACAAAAUCAUCCGCGCUGACGAGAAGCGCAUGGCCAAAGAAGUGAAGCUGCUUCUAUUGGGCGCCGGCGAGUCCGGAAAAUCGACGGUGCUGAAGCAGAUGAAGCUUAUCUAUGCGCAAGGAUUCAGCAAAAAUGAGAAACUCGAGUGGAAGCCCGUUGUGUUCGCAAAUAUCGUUCAAGCGUUCCGCCUGAUCUAUGACGCUAUGAACGAGCUCGACAUCAAGUUUGAGAACCCCGAGAACGAGAAAAACAUGGCUCACAUCAUGGUCGACCACGAGGUAGGGGCACAUGAUCCCCUACCCGAGGACUUUCUGGAGCCCAUCCAGAAGCUGUGGGUCGAUGAGGGUGUUAAGAAAGCCAUUGCCAAGGGCAACGAAUACGCGUUGCACGACAACUUGGAUUACUUCUGCUCAGAUUUGGAGCGUCUCUGGGACAAGAACUACGUACCCACAGACCAGGAUCUUCUGCGGUCAAGAUUAAGAACCACAGGUAUCACUGAGACUAUCUUCGACCUAGGCCAGCUCACAUACCGUAUGUUCGAUGUCGGUGGUCAGCGGUCUGAACGGAAAAAGUGGAUCCACUGCUUUGAGAACGUUAACUGUUUGUUGUUCCUGGUGGCGAUCUCUGGAUACGACCAGUGCCUCGUGGAGGACAAGGAUGGAAACCAAAUGAAUGAAGCCCUGAUGCUAUGGGAAUCGAUCGCAAACUCGCACUGGUUCACCAAAUCGGCGCUCAUUCUCUUCCUCAACAAGAUGGAUCUCUUCAAGGAGAAGAUCGCAAAGAGCCCCAUAACAGCCCACGGCUUCACCGACUACCAUGGACCGGCAGACGACUGGAAGCAAGCCAGCAAUUAUUUCAUGAACAAGUUCCGGGCGCUGAACCGGAACCCAGAGAAGGAGAUCUAUGGCCAUUUCACCAAUGCCACCGAUACAAACCUGCUCAAGAUCACCAUGGGCUCCGUGCAGGACAUGAUUAUCCAGAGGAACCUGAAGCAGCUUAUUCUGUAA